UUUCCCUCCUCUUUUUCCCGCCAAAGAAAAAACAGAAAAAGAAGAAAAAGGCACCGAUUGGAUUGAAUUUGAUUUCGCAGAAGAAAAUCAAUUCAAUUCAUAGUUUGAUACAAUCUGAAAAUGGAGAAGGAUACGGCAGCUCCGACGGGUUGCUACAAGUGCGGCCGACCUGGUCACUGGUCCCGCGACUGUCCCUCAGCCCCUUCUUCCAACAAUUCAAAUCCCGAUCUUCCUCCUUCUUCCAAAUCCAAAACCCCCUUCACUUCUGGAUCUGGCUCUGGCUCUGGACCUGCUGCUUUUAGAACGGGAUUCACCGACAAACCUGCGGCUAAACCCAAGAAGGUUUCGGCUCCGAGGACAAGGCCCAAGCUCACCCCUCAGCUAUUUCUUUCCGACGAUGGUCUCGGCUAUGUCCUUCGUCACUUCCCUCGCUCCUUUAAGUAUCGCGGACGCGGUCACGAGGUUGGUGAUUUGGGGAGCCUAAUUGGGAUGUAUAGUGAUUGGCACUCUCGUUUGAUUCCCUAUUUUCCAUUUGAUCAGUUCGUUAAUAAGGUGGAACAAGUUGCAACUACGAAACAUGUAAAGACAUGUCUUAGAGAACUAAGAGAGAGAGUUGCAAAUGGAGGUGACCCAGCAAAAUUGCACGAACCGCCAGUUGACAAAGAAGCUCAGCAUGAUACGGAAGCCAUGAAUCCUGAAGAGGUACAGCAUCAAAAGGAAGCAUCCACUUCAAAGAACCAUGAUGAUGACAGUAUACAGGAGGACAUGUUUCGGGAUAUUUUUGAUAAUGCUGUUGAAGAACCUUCCCAGAACUUACACCAUGAGAUAGUUUCUGCAAAAGAAUUACCAAACCAAGUUCCCAAAGACAAUGCUAGUAACUCCAAAGAAAAUGAGAUCACAGAAGAACAGAAAGCCCGAAUGGAGGCUAACAGACUCAAAGCACUCGAGAAAGCGGCUGCGCGGGCCCGCUCAUUGCAGGUCACAUAACUGUUCAUUUCAUUUUGUUAUAAGGUUUUGCACCAACAGACAACUAUAUUUCUUUCUAGUCCAUAUGACAACUGCAGUUGAAUUUCCCAUCAAA